GAUUGGCACUAAAGGCAAAGGGAGGCGGCCGGAGGAAGGGAAGAAAGAAGGCAGGAAAGAAGGAGAGAAGGCAGGCGGACGAGGAGGAAGGACAGCCAGCUGGUGGCGCCUCCUUCUCUCCGUCUCUUCUCCGGUUGGCAUUGGGGGCCCAGUGGGCAGAGCCAAGGGCAGGAAAGAGAAAGGAAGGAAGGAAGGGGGAGAGAGAGAGAGAGAGAGAGAGAGGAGGGAAGGGAUUUCUUCCUAGCGAAAUAAAGGAAGGAAGAAAAAAGUGAAAGGAAGGAAGGAAGGAAGGAAGAGACAUAAAUGAAGGAAGGAGGGAAGAAAGAGAGAAAAGGAAUUUCUUCCUAGAGAAAUAAAGCAAGGAAGACAGAAUGAGAAAGGAAGGAACGGAGGAAGGAAGGAAGGAAUAACUGAAUAGAGAAAUAAAUAUAUAAAUACAGAGAAAUAAAUAAAAGAGGGAAGGGAGAGGGAGAGAGAUAAGAACCAAGGAAGGAAGAGAAAGGAAGGGAUUUCUUCCUAGAGAUAGAAAGAGAAAUAAAGGAAGGAAGGAAGAAAAGAAAGGAGGGAAGGAGGGAAGGAAGGAAGGGACUCCUUCUUAAAGAAAGAAGGCCGGAGGGUUGGGGAGGAUGCUCCUGGGGGCGGGUGCUUGCCCCUUGCCUGCCCGCCAAGCCUAGCCCAGGGCCCGAGGGGGAGCCCGGGGGGAGAAGCCAGGAGGGCUCCGCCGAGGCGAUGGCGGUCCAAGCGGCGAGCCUGCCCCUUCCUGCUGCUGCCGCCCCUCCGUUCCUGCCCUUCGCCUUCCCUGCGGCAGCGGCGGCGGCGGGGGACUUCGGGGAGCCCGGCAGGGGAGCCCUUCUCCUGUCAGGGGGAGCCCCCGGCAGCAGCGAAGGGCCCGACCUGCGAGAGGCCGCCCGGGAGCUGCUCAGCUUCAUGGACUCGGCCUCCAGCAACAUCAAGCUGGCCCUGGACAAGCCUGGCAAGUCCAAGCGGAAGGUCAACCACCGCAAGUACCUCCAGAAGCAGAUCAAGCGCUGCAACGGCAUGAUGGGGGCUGCAGCCGCAGCUGGAGGAGCUGGACUUGGAGCUGGAGGUGGAACUGGAGGAGGAGGAGGUGGAGGUGGUAGAGUUGGAACUGGAGCUGGAGGUAGAGGUGGAAUUGAAGGUGGAACUGGAGUUGGAAGUGGAGGAGGAGGUAGUGGAGUUGGAGGUGGAGGAGGACCAGGACAAGGUGCCACCACCCCAACAGCCCUGCCUUCCCCCCAGGAAGCCUCCCCAAACCCAACCUCCAAUAUCCAGCACAGCCACAGCAUCACAAGUCAUCCGCACCCGCAGCUGAAUCCUCAGAAAAGGACUUCCACAGCAUUGGGGAAUGCCUCAAUGUCACCAUCAAGUGGCAGCGCUGUGUACUGCAAGCCGCCACCACCGUCGAGGCGCGAGGCCACCUCCACAGCCACCCUUGUCCAGAGCAAGAGUUUGGCAGCACUUUUUGACUCCUUGUGGCCGUCGGGGGUCCAAGCUGCUUCAGCCACCUCCAUCCUGGUCCACCAGGAAGGCGGGUCGGGUUCCAUGGCGGCACCUGGGGGCAAGAAAGUGCCCCUUCGGCACCGUAAUUUGCCCCCGUCCUUCUUCACUGAGCCAGCCCCAAGUCAUGUUGAGGUUUCGGGGGCAAGGCCGGGCCAAGGUUUGAAGGAGCAAGGAGGGACCCCUGGACCUGAGGAUCUGUUCGACCUCCUGGCCACCCCUGAGUAUGGCAGCCUUCUCCCGGAGCAGCCGUCGGAGCAGAUGGGUUUCCCCACCAGCCGCCUCCAAGCGUCAGAUCUGGGCUUGGAAGUGCCCAGUUUGUACGAAUCUCUCCCGCUGCCUCAUUUGCUCUAUUCUGCUGAAGCUCCCUUGCGCCCCCUGCAAGCUCCUUAUGCCCCUGCAACGGCCGCCCUGUCGGACCCAGGACCAUCAUCAUUGUCGGAGGGCACCUUGGUUGCUGCAACUCAUCUUCCCUCCACAGCUUUCGCUCCUUUCUUUACCGACUGCCCACUCCCGCCACCUCCGGCAGUCAUGCCCUACGAUUACGGCCCAUCAGGGUACAACAGGAACACCUUAUUCCAGUCCUUAGUUUAGAGGCUGGGACUCGGAGACACUGACUCAGACGAUUGCACGGCUGGCAGUUCAAAACCCAAGCGCUGCAUGACAGAGUGAGCUUCUAUCACUAGCCCCAGCUUCCGCCAAUCUAACAGUUCAAAAUCAUGUAAAAGUGCAAAUAGAUAACUAGGUACCACUUCAGUGGGAAGGUAACAGCAGCAUCCCAUGUGCCACGGCAUUAGUCAUGCUGGCCACAUGACCAUGGAGUCGUCUUUGACAACACUGGCUUCCUCAGCUUUGUAACAGAGAUGACCACUAUUUGCUACAGUUGGUUGCAACUUGACAACCUUGUCAAAGGGGAAACCUUUACUUUUACCUAUUAGUUUUAGUGAACCUAUUAGUUUACAGGCCCUCAUCCCUGAGAGGAGGGGGAAAGGAGGAUGGGAUUUGGAAAGACAAGAAGGGAUGGGAUGUGUUGUUGCUGGGUUUUUUUUGUGUGUGGUUAGUAUUGGGGAGACCCCCCCCCCAAAUUCAAGGGGGAAACCUUUUUUUGAGGGGAGGGAUAGCACUGUGUUAUUGAUGGACCUUGAUAGUGGCAUCACAAGAGAUGUACAGACCACACCGGAUGUCACCCCAAAGGGUGUGUGUGUCACCCACUAGGGUGGUACACCCAGCGCGGCUGCUGGGUGAGUGAGAGAAUGUGUCGUAUCCCUUUCUUACCUGCCCAGCAGCCAUGGCAGUCCCUUCUGUUUGGGCUUUGGCUUGGUUGCAACCACACCAGAGCCCAAAUGGAUCUCCAGGGCUGAGUCUACUUGCCCCCUCACUGCCCCUCUCUGCAUCAGGUGACACCAACCCUUGGUAUGCCACUGGACCCUGAGGAUGGGGACAGGGUAAGCCAUCUAUGCAGAGGUGGCCCUGAUAAUGGGAAGGUGAAUCUGCUCCAACUUUUAGUACAAACAUUAAAAAGGGUAAGGCUGAGCCCUUAUAUAUUCCCAGCCCCCAAAUAUAUUCAGCAUUUGGCACAACUCCCCUAAAGUUUGGGCUAAAACCCAGACUGGCUUCUGCUCCCCCAUUCCAGAUGUUGAAGCCACCAAACUUCUCUGUAGGAUUGUGUUAAAAUGGACAGCCACCUUUACUCUUUGGAAAUACAUUGCUUGUUUGCCAAUAACCAUAGGAAUUGUUUGGGCAUCUUUGUGUGCAUCACAGAUCAUGGGUGGGGGAGAAUGUGUGCGCUGCUAGGAUUGCGGUUCCCACCAGCCCCAGAGGAACAAUGGCUACUUCAGGCUCUCAAAAUAUCUAGAGGGCCAAAUACUCAUCCAUCAUUCUAACAGGGGCCUGGAUUCUAUGGGACAAUUCUGAUUGAAUCAGUGUUAAAUGUGAAGUCAAGCUGUAGAUUAAUCCAAUUGAUUCAGUGGGUCCAAUUGGGGGAGGUAGCUAUGGGGGGAUGUAUCUAUGAGGGCAAAAUGAGGAUAUUGCCCUCUCCAAGUAUGAAUUCUGUUCCCCCUGAAAUUUUCCUUCAAUCCUAAAAUUUCUAACUGUGAAGACAUUGAGACACUGAAAAUUGUUCCCACCAGAACACUUUGGUUUACUGUAUUUGCAUUUCUUUCAUCAGCCUUUACAUAAUUUCUGACUCUUGGCAGCCCUAAGGUGACCUUGUCACGGGAUUUUCUUGGCAAGUUUUGUUCAGAGGGGGUUUCUUUUUGCUUUCCUUUGUGGCUGAGAGAGUGUGCCUUGGCCAAGGUCACCCAGUGGGUUUCCAUG